AUGGAUAAAGUUGUAUCUAUAGCGGCCAUUGACCAAAAAAUGGUUGAGAUGCGCAUUAAAAACUUGGAAUUACUUAAGCGUCAUCAGGAAAUCGAGGAAGACCGACAACUUGCCGUAAGAUUAGGUGCGUCAACAACAGCAACGAACAUUGAAACUAUAAAAGAUACAAUAACUAUGAAAGGCGCAACAAAAAAUCGUACCCGAAUACCAAUGAAUCAACAAAAUUCUCAAGAAAAUCAAUAUGAACGAAAGCAUCGACCACCAGUACGACGAAAAUUUGAAGCUGUAAAUAUUUUAUUUUAUAAUUUCAAAAAAUUGUUACCAUCUAAAUUAAAGGAUCGUUGUGAUAUUCAACCUCAACGUGCUCAACGUGUGGACUAUAAUCGUUUAAAACAUGAACGUACACAAGAAAUUAACCAUCAAAAACAAUAUCAUAAUAAUAAUACAAAUAAUGUGGAACUACAUAAAUAUGCACAUCCAUUCCAUUAUCAAUCAGAAAAUAAUAAUGAUCUCGACGAACCAACACACGCAAAAAAACUUGUAAUUGUUAACAAUAAAGCUGAUCGAAUUGGAAGUGGUCGCUUUAGCCAACAGCAACGAGUCCAAGAACGUGAACAACAAAAACGAGAAGAACGAAUGCGUCGAUGUAUAUUACAGAACAAUGGACAUGCAGCAGGAGGUAAUGAGUUCCAUCUUGAUGUACCACCAAUGCCAUUUUGGCAAAAUGCUCAAAUACCCGUACAACUUUUACCAACGAACAUAAACAGUCAUCAUACAGGAGUCGAUCAUCUUGUUAAUACUGAUGAAGAUCAAAUGGAUCAAUCUGCUUAUAUUCAUAAUUAUGUUUAUCCCUCUUCUACUCAAACAUCACCAUUCAAUGGUAAUACUACGAUUUAUUUUGCUCAUCCAACUCCAUCUACGAUAAAUGGUUCAAAUUCAUCUCAAACUUCAGCACGUUUUCAUCAAUAUCAUUCAACACGUUCAUUUGAAAACUCUAACCACCAUCAGCAGCAGCAGCAGCAACAGCAACAGCAAAAACAACAAUUUAAUUUGCCUUCUUUUCAGUCGGCGUCUAUAUUUCAAUCUUCUCUUCCUCGACCGCAAUUAUCUAUAUCAUCAACAUCAAAUAAUCAUCAAGAACAAGAAAGUUUAUCAACAGAUUUUUCAUCAAAUUAUCGUCGUUUAACUCAUGAUCAAGAAACUAAAUUAUCUCAACAAAGACCAAUGUCAGGUGAUUUUGAACGUUUACAAAAUACUUAUCCCUCAUCAACUUCACGUUUUAAUAAUGAUCAUUGUUUUCAAUCGAGGCCUCAAUCAUUUUAUGAUUUUUCAUCAAAUCAACAAAUAAACAAUAAUAAUAAUAAUAUUUUUCGUUCAUCAAACAAUAGUCGUUAUCAACGAAAUAAUACUGCUACUAUUAAUAAUAAUAAUAGUAAUAAUAAUAAUACGAGCCUUCCACUUUCUGCUUACUUGACUACAAAUGAAUUAUUAGAUGAAAACGAUAAUAAAAAACAUAAUAAUAAUAAUAAUCAUUGGGGAGCAACCAAUCCCAGACGACGACCUACACAACAACGACCAUACCAACAAGAUAAACAUCAAUUUCCAUUAUCAUCAUAUGAUCCUCGUCAAUAUGGUUUUAAUAAUAAUUCUCAACAACGAAAUGAUUUUCACAAUCGAUCAAAUACAAAUCGUCGCAAUGUAAACAAUAAUCGUAAUAAUAAUAAUAUUGAAUUAAAUAGUUCUAAUGAUAUCGAUCCUAUUGACGCAUGGUGGGAAGAUAAUAACAGUGAAUUAAUAGGAACAGAAAAACCAGUAUUGGAUACUAAUUCUAAAGCAAAAACUGUUGAUGAUAGUGGAAAUAGUUCACUGUCAACGAGCAUGAAUUUAAAAGAAUCAACUUUAGAUGAUAUGUCCACGAACGAUUUUGUUAAUCCACCUUCUAAUGUAUCAACUACUGAUAGUAAUAUUAUCGAAUCACUUGAUAAACUUCAACAACAACUUAUAUUAGAAGAAGCAGUUGAUGAACGACUAGAGUCUACCAAUAAUAAUAGUUUUACUGAACCAAUUGAAAAUAAAACAAAUAAAGAAACGACGACAUAUGAUACAGCUCAUUUUAUGCAAUGGGCAAAAGAUAAAUUUAGAGAGGAAUUAGCAGGUCGACUUACCGCUCAGGAAAUUCAACAACAUGAUGCUGCAACAACCGACGAUGAUGAUGAGGAUGAUGAUAAUCAUCGUCAUCAUCCAUCGACAACAAAUAACGAAGAAAAACUUAAUACACUUGAAGAUGAUCUUAACGAAAAAUUAACAAUCAAUGAAAACAUAACUGCAGCUAAUCCGACACUUGUUGUCGAAUAA